AUGGCUAAGUGUGAACGGCGAAUCUCGUCUGAAUCGACUUCGGCUGCUACUUCCACUUCUAUUCUGAAUUCACGUUCUGAACCCGCAAAUUCGAGCGCUGAUUCUGUCAAGAGUUCGUCGUCGGCAAGUACUAAUUCCAGUGCGGCCUCAUCAUCAUCGUCUAGCAUGGCUGGUUCGGUUGUUGAUCCACUACCGAAAAGUUGUCCAGCACCCGGAAAUUCACCGGCACUGAAACGUGUUGAAUGCAAACUGGAAGGUCGAGAGUUAUGGAGUAAAUUCUACGAGUUAAGCACUGAGAUGAUCAUCACCAAAAGUGGACGGUAA